ACGUGCCUCACACGUGGGAUUUCCUGCAAAAGUACUCAUCCGCUUAGUAAGAGAGGAAGAAACCUUCGUCGUUGCUCUGAAUGGCCUGCUGCACAUCAGCUCCUCCUCUGCCGCCGCCGCUGUCAAACCCCUGUGGAAGUGGUUCGGUGAAACCCAGCCGGCUCUCAUGGGCAUCUUCCUUUCCCAACUUCGGCGUCUCCUUCAAUUGCACCACAAGCCCUCCUAAUCGCAUUCACACCCCCAACAAGGAUUCCUUCAUUCGAGCUGCAUGGACCCGGAGAUCUCGAGGCGAGGCUGCAAAUAGACCUAAUAGGAAAUCGUGGAGUCAAAGGACAGAAAUGUACAUGAGGCCAUUUUUACUGGAUGUUUUCUUUUCAAAACGAUUCAUCCAUGCCAAAGUGAUGCACAGGGGUACCAGCAAAGUGAUAUCCGUGGCCAGCACAAACUCCAAGGAUUUGAGGUAUUCGUUGCCAUCGCUUACCGAUAACGAAGCAUGUCGAGUUGUAGGAAACCUGAUUGCAGAGAGGUGCAAGGAUGCUGAUGUGUUUGCAAUGUCUUUUGAACCCAAAAAGAAUGAGAGGAUUGAGGGUAGGCUUGGAAUCGUUCUCGAUACCAUUAAGGAUAAUGGCAUCAUAUUUGUUUAGAACCUAAGCAUCAAUUUCAUUGUCAUUUCCGUAUUCA